AUGCGUGCCGGCACACAUCUCUUUCCACACCGGACUACGGCGCUUCCCGGGAGACUGGAUAGAUUGGGCAAGCUGCCAAAGCCUGGACCAACCCGCGUCUGUUGGUUUCCAGUGCCUAUAUUGCAUCCGCCCAAAGGAUUCGAUCCCUAUCGACAAGACGCAACUCCCGAAGUGCAAGGAAUAGGUUCGCUCGAAGAGGAGGAUGCACACUCAACCGGCAGAGGGGAUGAUACUACCAUUCAUUCAUUGACGCCACCCCGAUUAAACAUUGUGCUACAGGUAGUAGGCUCACGCGGAGAUCUUCAACCAUUCUUGGCUCUCGGGCUGGCACUACAGCAGAGCGGGCACCGCGUUCGGGUCGCGACUCAUCCGGUUUUCCAGACCUUUGUACAAGAUAUUGGUCUGGAGUUUUUCAGCAUUGGUGGAGAUCCGCUGGAUUUGAUGUCCUACAUGGUGAAGAAUUCCGGACUCGUUCCGAAUGCGAAAAGUAUCCUGGAAGGCAGCGUGAAUGAAAACCGAAGGAUUGUUCGCGAGAUUUUAGAAGGCUGCUGGCGCUCUUGCUUCGAGACAGGUGACGGCCUGCAAUGUUCGAGCAAGGCUGAAUCCAGCCAAGCGAAACCUUUUGUUGCCAAUGCUAUCAUAGCCAAUCCACCUUCGUUUGCACAUAUUCAUUGUGCAGAGAAGAUGGGGGUUCCCUUGCAGUUCAUGUUCACCAUGCCGUGGUCUCCAACCCGAGAGCUUCCUCAUCCGUUCACUAAUAUCAAAUCAUCGUCUGUGGAAGAGAACGCAGCCAAUUAUGUAUCAUAUUACCUAGUUGAGCUAUUGACAUGGCAAGGGUUAGGAAGUACAAUUAAUGCAUUCAGACAAAAGACACUGGGCCUUGAUCCGAUUGAUAUCGCAUCUGCCCUGGCACUGAUUCCGCGACUACGGAUCCAUUCUACGUAUUGCUGGUCUCCAUCCCUUCUUUCAAAACCUAGGGACUGGGAGUCCCAUCUUACAGUUUCUGGCUUCUGCUUCUUACCGUUAGUAACUGGGUACACACCUUCGCAUGACUUGAACACCUUCCUCGACUCUGGACCUCCUCCAAUUUAUAUCGGAUUCGGCUCCAUUGUCGUGGAUGACCCGAAAGCCUUGACAGAAAUGGUCCUCGACGCAAUUCGGCUUACCGGAGUAAGAGCUGUGAUCUCUACCGGAUGGGGUACUCUCCUCGAAGAAAAACACGUGCCUCGCGAGAGCGUCAUAUACAUCAAAGACUGCCCCCACGACUGGAUCUUCAGGCGAGUGUCUUGCGUCGUCCAUCACGGGGGAGCCGGAACGACAGCAGCAGCCCUCGUGGCUGGCAAGCCUUCAGUGAUCAUACCAUUUUUCGGCGACCAGUUCUUUUGGGGUAACACUAUCGCAAAUGCCGGUGCAGGACCUAAACCUAUACAUUUCGAGAACCUCUCCGCGGCCAGCCUGGCAGCUGCUAUCCAGACUGCGCUUCAGCCAGGCAUGCUGACUGCAGCACAAGUGUUGCAGGAUAAAAUUUGCCGAGAAGAUGGCAUCACCAUGGCAGUUCAAAGUUUCCAUCGAAUGCUCCCUGUGGCUGCACUACGCUGUACAUUAGAUGAAACCCGUGCGGCGACCUGGAGAGUUCUUGCGACGGACGAGAAAUUAAGUGCCCGCGCGGCAGCAUUGCUGAUAGAAAAGGGCUUGCUUAAUAUUGAUGAAAUUGAAAUGUUGCAGCCAUGCAAAUAUACUUGCGAUCUUGGGCCGUGGGAUCCUCUUACAGGAACCGCAUUUGCUGCUCUAGACAUAGGUAAAGAGUUUCUAAAAGGCGUUUCGAGAAUUGGCUCCGCAUUCGUCAUCGAUCGCCAGUCUGCUAAAUGGCCUGCGAAAGUCGGGGUAGCCUUCACUCAGGGAAUGCACAAUGCGCCGAAGCUCUGGGGUGACCAUACUGUACGGCCGCAGGAAAAGGUGGAUGGUUUCCGAAGCGGAUGGGAGGCAGGUGGCAAGGAACUGUUCUAUGGAGUGCGUGAUGGGUUAUGUGGUCUUGCUAUGGAGCCUGUUAUUGGUGCCCGACGUCGUGGCGUGGUUGGAGGAAUAUCUGGGAUAGGGAUCGGCGCGCUAUCAAGCAUUGUAAAAACCGCUUCGGGUGUAAGCGGAGCCAUCAUUUAUCCUCUCAAGGGAAUCGAGAAGUCAAUCGCAAAACGUUUGAUCAGUCGGCGAGGCGAUGCUAUCGAGGACGCGCUCCUCGCCCAAGGUAAACUUGAGCGUGCUGGUCUAACUGAGGAUGAGUGCAAUGCUGUCAUAAGGAAAUGGCAGACUUGCGUCAGCGAAAACGCCAUCCGCUAG